CAGACAUGUCGGGGAAAACAGAUGAAGGCAGAAAGAGGGAAAGAGAAGCUCCAAAGAAGUAUGUGAAUGAGUGGCUCGCCAACCACCAAGACCAACGAGUGCGUGUGAAGUUUACACAAGGAAGACAAGUUGUUGGUGUCCUCAAGGGAUAUGACCAGUUGAUGAACCUGGUACUCGAUGAUGUCGAAGAGACACUAAGAGACCACGACGAUUUGGACGUUCUAACGAAAGAAACCAGACAUUUGGGCCUGGUUGUUGUUAGAGGCCCUCUGCUGUUAACCAUCUCACCGGUGGAUGGCAUGGAAGAGAUCGAAAACCCAUUUAACGUACAAGAGUAAUGGCAUGAUAUUCUACUUACACAUCCGUACUCACUAGAAUAACCCGGGUGCCACCAACUCGUAGUUAACCACCCACGUCUCCACCAUUAAAGCACCACCAGCUGAAGCCCAAUGUUGAGAAUCUCCCCCAUGCUGCGCUCUG